AUGUUGCGAAUUGUUUUGGCUAUACUUUCAGUGAGCACGGUCGUGUCCGUAGUUCUCGGACAGGUUAACUACUGUACCGCCGGCCUGUGCGGAAGUAGCACACACAUUGCCUGCAACAACAAUGGGGCCUGGGCUGCGAGCUGUCCAAAAAGUCCGGCACCCAAACUCGUCGAUCUGAAUCUGGCCCUGAGACAACAUGUGGUGCGCUUGCACAACGUCAGGCGCAACAAUCUGGCCUUGGGCAAGUUGCCUAAUUACGGACCGGCCAGAAGAAUGGCCACCAUUCGCUGGAGUCCCGAGUUGGCCAAAUUGGCUGCCCUCAAUGUGCUCCAGUGUGCGAUGAAGCAUGAUGCUUGCCAUAAUACGAACAAGUUUAAGGCCAGCGGACAGAACUUGGCCAUGAUUAGCUAUAGUGGCGCCGAAUCAGCUCGUACCAACCAGGAGCUGCUGACCUCCUCUAUUAAUAUGUGGUGGAACGAGUAUAAGAAUGCCAACAUGAAUGUAAUCAGUAGUUUUCCAGGCAGCUGGUCCGGACCCGCAAUUGGUCACUUUACUGUCAUGGCUCGGGAGCCAAAUUGGGCCGUUGGCUGUGCUGCUGCCAGAUACAAAACGGGCAUUAUGAAUAACUUCCUCUUAGCCUGCAACUACGCCACGACUAACUGGGUUGGUCAAGCCGUCUAUGUACGUGGAGUAACAGCAGCCGGUUGCACCACGGGCAGAAAUGUCAACUAUGCGGGUUUGUGCAAGGUGGCAGAGGUCUACAAUGUAUAG